GUCAUUUGAAUUACGCUGGCUAGCGAGCUUAUCAGCUACAAUGAAUUGAAGAAAUGAUAUGAAUGGCUGCCACAGCGAGCGAACGAUGAAUACAGGGCCAAAGUCGACGUGCUCGGUCAGGUGAAUUGGACUCUGUCCUCGGCUGGCAGCUUACACGAAGCGCAUCUUCCCCUAGUGUUAUUACCAGCGAGAGAGGGUAUCCCGGUGCGUGUGUCUGCGCAUUUCAGUGAGCCGCUGUGACAAGCCAGGCGAGCCGCGAGGAACGGAGGGGGCGACCAGGCUGGCCUUUAAGCCGAUCAAGGUGGAAGCGCACACAACGAGCUUCACGUAGGAUUUCUCUGUGAACCUUCAUGUUGUGACUGAGGGAUACAGUUGAAAGGAUGAUGCGUUUGGCAUGUUGCACAGCACUGCUGUUUGUGCUGAGACUGCUGGUGGGCCUGCCCUGGUACCAGGUCAUCCCGGCCAUCCUCAUCUUCUACCUGGGCAGUGGAGGAUGGAGCUUUCUACACAUAUUUGUCAAAACUAUUGGCAGAGACCUACAUGCAGCCUAUGUGUUAUUACGAGUGAAGCUGAAUGUGAAACGCCACUUGCGGGAGAAGAACACCAUCCCCAAGAUCUUUGCUGAAACUGUCCAGCGCUAUGGUGACAAAACUGCUCUCAUCUUUGAAGGCACCGGAGAAAGAUGGACCUUUAGACAACUUGAUGAAUACUCCAAUCGAGUUGCAAACCUGCUGCUACAACGAGGUUUCAAGGAGGGGGAUGUGGUGGCCCUCUUUAUGGAGAACAGGUCCCAGUACGUGGGCUUGUGGCUUGGAAUGGCUAAGAUUGGGGUGGAGGCUGCGCUCAUCAACUUCAACUUAAGGCUGGAGGCACUGGUUCAUUGUGUCACUAUCUCAAAUGCCAAGGCAGUCGUGUUUGGAUCUGAACUGACUGAGGCUGUAUAUGAGGUCCACAGUUCAAUGAGAAAAGCAGUACAGAUGCUGUGCUCUGGAGAAUGGGACCCCAAACGUCUCCCAGAGGGAACCGAGUGCCUGGAGACCCUGCUGGAAAGUGCCCCCACGCACCUGCCCAAACAGCCCCAGCGUUCCUUUAUUGAUCGCUUGUUCUACAUCUACACUUCAGGAACCACUGGAAUGCCUAAAGCUGCUAUUGUCGUGCACAGCAGGUACUAUCGCAUGGCUGCACUGGUGUAUUAUGGCUUCAGGAUGUCACCAGACGAUGUGUUGUAUGACUGUCUUCCACUCUACCACUCUGCGGGUAACAUUGUGGGAGUUGGGCAAUGUAUUAUACAUGGAAUGACUGUGGUCAUUAGAAAGAAGUUUUCCGCCUCACGUUUCUGGGAUGAUUGCUUCAAAUACAACUGCACAAUUGUUCAGUAUAUUGGUGAGAUCUGCAGAUACCUGUUGAACCAGCCGGUGCGGGACACUGAGCGACAGCACAGAGUGCGCAUGGCUUUAGGUAAUGGCCUGCGCCAGUCCAUCUGGGAGGAGUUCAUGAACCGCUUCAAUAUCCCACAGAUCGCAGAGUUCUAUGGAGCUACAGAGUGCAAUUGUAGUCUGGGCAAUUUUGAUAAUAAGGUUGGAGCAUGUGGCUUCAACAGUCAGAUAUUACCUUUCAUUUACCCGAUCAGACUGGUGAGAGUGGAUGAGGAAACCAUGGAGCUCAUUCGAGGGCCUGAUGGUGUCUGUAUCCCCUGUAAACCGGGUGAACCUGGACAACUAGUUGGAAAAAUAAUCCAGAAUGACCCACUAAGAAGGUUUGAUGGCUAUGUCAACCAAUCAGCAACCAGCAAGAAGGUUGCUCAUAGUGUUUUUAAGAAAGGAGACAGUGCCUAUCUUUCUGGUGAUGUGCUCAUCAUGGACAAGUAUGGCCACAUGUAUUUCAAAGACAGGACAGGAGACACAUUCCGCUGGAAAGGAGAGAAUGUCUCUACCACAGAAGUGGAGGGAACUCUUAGCCGCCUGCUAGACAUGAAAGAUGUUGUUGUUUAUGGAGUAGAAGUACCAGGAGCUGAAGGAAAGGCUGGAAUGGCAGCCAUCGCUGAUCCUUCGCAGUCCAGUGACCUGGAGCAGUUAGUGAAGGAGAUGGAGAAAGCUCUGCCUCCAUAUGCACGCCCCGUCUUCCUCCGCUUUCUGCCAGAGGUCAACAAGACAGGAACAUUCAAGUUUCAGAAGACAGAGCUGCGCCGGGAUGGCUUUGAUCCAAGCGCAGUAUCAGACAGGCUUUUUUUCCUGGAUUCCAGUAGAGGGCGGUAUGUGCCCUUGGAUGAAGAGAUGCACCGCUCCAUUACUGAAGGAAAAGUAAAAUUGUGAUGAAAAAGGACUACACUGCAGCCCUAAUGUGCACAUUGAAGCUUGUUGGAAAAAAGAAAUUUGACAAUUUGGUUCAGCAAAACAGAUAUGGAACAGAGAAUCCUCUGCACAUGUCUGAAAUAGCCAUAGAAACACAAACACAUGAUUGCAUUCUUUGAUUAAACCUAACUACACAGGGCGCUGCUUUGCCUGUCUGGCCUCACAUUUUUAAACAGGAUUUCUCUAGGUACCUCAGCUGUACCAAGCGGGGUAGAAACCUACAACAAGAAUCCAGCACGUCUUCAACAAUCUCCAAACAAAAGCACCUUCAAGUGAAUCCUCAUACAAGCUCCAUUGGUACAACUGGACAGCCGUACUGUUAUGGGAACACUAUUUGAACUUACCAGGAAUUUGGAAAACAGAAACUUCAGACGACUUGAACGAGAUUUGGAUUUAGUCAGGUUUAGGAUGUUCAUAAACAAGCCUGUCAGUGAGGUGUUUUAUUAAAAUACCAUGGCCAAACCUGCACAAUUUACAAAUUCACUGUCUCUUUUAAUAAAGCAAAUUUUCUUCUGGUUACAAAGGACUUCUCCAGAGCAGCUCAUCACAGGUGCAAUAGGGCUUUAAUGUGCAGUGUAAUACCUGCUUGACCAUGCCUGUGCAUAUCUACAAUACAACUGUGUUAAAACACCAAAUAUAUUUAAGUUGUAAGUUUAUGUUUAUGAAGACACAGUUUCAUCUUACAAGGACUGAUGGGUUGUUCGGUAAUGUUUUUGUGUUGUGCAGGUUUUAUCCUAAUGGUGAGCUGCACCUCCACAAUGAUGUGUAAAUACACAGAAUGAACUGAUGAAGUGACCGAUGGGACAUAGUAAAAGUCAAAAGUAAAAUCUGUCAUCUGGACAAAAAAGUUGUAGCAGUGAGUUUGUUUCGCUGCUCAUCCAAGCUGCUUCUUCAGUUCUGGUCAGAUUGCUGGUGGACACUACCUUAUAUCCAUCUGAAGAGAGGAGCGAACUUCACUGAAACUGCAAACAGCUAUUGUUUACAGUUUCGGUAAACAAUAGCUAGGUAGUAGGCUAGGUCUAUUGAGCUACACUAAGUGUGCACUGUGCCUGAGUCAUAAUUAGCAUAUUUAAUCAACUCUUAAUGGGUGCUUACCCACCUAGUGGCAGCUCUAUUGUUCUCUUUGUUUUCUUUGUUUGCUUUGUGUCUGAGGAUGGACUUAUAUAUGGGGGAAAGAUGAUGUCUAAGGCCCCCAUUCCUGUUCAAGGUCUUUCCUAGCAAAAAUUGCCUCUUUAACUCCCCUCUCAAAUGUGCCUGUGUAAUCUCUCAGUUGUCCAGACCUGAUCCAUAGCAAAAGAUGUUUUAAAGAAGUUUAAAUCUGUCAAUUGGACAAAUUCAAUUUGUCCAGUUGACAGAUUUAAACUUCAUCUUUUGCUCCCCUCUCAAACCAUUUCUUUUCUUUGGCUAAGAUGUGUACCUCACUGUCUUCAAAGGAGUGGACAGUGGAUUUAAGAUGGAGAUGUAAAGAGGACUGGGGUCCAGAGGGGCUCUCAGGGCGGUGUUGGUACAUUCUCUUAUGGAGUGGCUGUUUAGUUUCUCUAAACAACGCUCACUGCAGUCUUCCCAACACUGAAUGGAGUAGACUAUAUUACUUUGUUUAUGGCUCUGGGUUUUGUCCUUUAUGUGAACCGGCUUCUGUUUUAACACGUUUGUAGGUUUGAAAUAGACAGGAAUUUCAUUCUCUUAAGUUUUCACUUUCAGUUAUCUCAAGCCCUCUCGGCUUUUGGAUAUCCAAUGAUCUAAGAGAGCUAAAAAAAAACAAAACAGGACAACAGGUAAUCUGAAUCUAGAAGGAAAGGUGUAACUAUUCCUUACACAGCUGGUGUGUCUGAAAAGCUUCAGAGAGUUUUCAGAGAUUAUGAAAUGGUCUAUUUCAAACCUACAAAUGGUCCAGCCUACAUACAGAAACUGUAAAGAAUAGCAAUUUCCAGUUUCAGUGUAGUUGGCUCCUCCCUUCAGAUAGAUAUAGGGUCCACCAGCUAUCUGACCAGAACUGAAGAAGGAGCUUGGAUGAGCAGCAAAACUUCUUCACUACAACUUUUUUGUCCAGCUGACAGAUUUUACUUUUGGCUUUUACUAUGGAUCAGACCUCGACGACAGAGGGAUUACACAGACAUCUUUUCAAGUGACCGAUGGAACGAAACACCAAUUUGCCUGAUGUGUUCAAUGUGACUGAGAGCCCUCUGAUCCAAAGAUUGAAAGGCUGUAGUUUGACUCGUUUGACCUUUGAGAGGAAAGAUGUUUUAGUCCUAGAUCUUUGUAAGGUGUUUGCAGUAGUUUUGUCACACACUGUAGCAGUAUGAGUGAGUGAGUGUCAUUAGCCAUUAGCCUUACUGUGAGCUCAGCUCCAGAACCACAGGCCCUGCUCCAUGCUUACUGUAAAAAUAUACUACUGUACUGUAAUGCAUUAUCCUCCCUUAACAGCCACUAGGGCAUGGUUACUCUAAAUUUGAGAGAACAUUUGAGAGCUUUUCAUCCCCAUGUCUCAGUGUCAGUAUAACUGAACUAAAAUGGCACCUAUCUGCAUUAGUGACUGCAGGUGCUUUCUAGGCAACAAAUAUGAGCCUGAGGUAAGAAAAGCUUGGAGCCAGUUGCAAGUUUGCAGCAUGAUAAUUGUAUUUUAUCUGGUAUUGCACAACCCUGGUUUACUGAUAGAGACAAGCAGUCUGGAACCUAAAGUUUACAUUUUUGGCUAUUAUAAGAUAUUUUAAACACUCAAUUUCUUUCAAUUUCAAAUUUAGUAUGUUGUAGUUGUACUUUGGGUACAGCUAAACCAUGCUACAUGUCCCUUGUAUUUGAUACUAUCUGGCUAUCUACAUUGUCUGCAUUACGAUGACCCCCCCUCCCUUCUUAACUAUAACUAUCUCUAUAACUAUCUAUACAACAUCUCUAUCCAUCUCUGUGUAUCAUAGACUGAAAGACGUACAUUAGGGCAAAGUUACAGCCUGUUUUGUAUCUGAAUCUGUGCUUUUGUUCAGAGUUUGCACUGAACAGUUGAUCUUGAUUGGUGCAAGCUGUUGACAGUAAUGGCCAUUAUUGCUUGUCACUUCCUUUCCCUCUUUGGGGAGAACCUAGACAAAAUAGGACCUUAAAGUGGUUUUCGCAAGAAAUUACUUGAUUCUUGCCUCCUGUGCCGCAGUGGAUGGCAAUUUGAUCUUUUGUCUUGAUUCUUUUAAUGAUGAGUGUGAAAUGUUCUCAUGAAUGUCCACAUAGAAAACGAGUGACCAAUGUUGAUGAUGUUGUACAGUGUGUAUUUAAGGGAAUACCGCAGCUGUUAUGAUGCUUCUGACCCGGAUUUGCACUAGUGAACUGGGACCACCAGGGGGCGCAUGACUAAACAGCUUCACUGCAGCACUCUGAAAAAAAGAUGUUUUUAUGUUUGUAAUAAGUUUAAAUUAUUUUUGAAAAUGUCGAUGCUUUUAAUGUUUUAAUGCUUUAUCCGUAUGAUUUUUUAUGUGAAAUUCUUAUUGCUAUUUGUUUUUAUUAUUAUUUUGGGUUAAUGAGGGAGUUAUGUUUGAGUCAAUGACAAUCAACUGCAGCAUUUGAAACUGAAGUAAAUGGUAAAAGCUUUUGAAAAACAACUGACCAGCAGACAUUUGGCAGUUAUGGAAAUUAUCUUCAAAUCAGUAAAAAUUACUACUAAAAUGUGUAUAAGUUACUAAAGUAAUAUAUUUCACAGUGUACAAAUUAUGGCUUAUCGUUUAAAUUUUUAACCCAGAUUUUUUGCACUUUUUAUUUGUCUUUUCCCUAUUGUGGUACUCAGGAACAUCAUACAGUGCUUGAGGAGAACCAUUUCUGUAUGCGUGUGCGUGCGUGUGUGUGUGGUGUGGAACGAUAUGAUCUUAUAUUGGAGGAGUUGUUUUGCAGUGAGUCCCAGUGCAGAGCGAGGUGUCCUCUUGAUGUUCAAUGAAGGCUAUUGCUGUACAAACCUGCAUCUGAAAAAAAAAGAAAAAAAGCACUGCUGCGAAUGGAAAUGAUUAUUAAUAAAACUAUUUAAAUUGUU